AUGCUCAAGUCCAGAGAAAAGCUGGCCGCGGUUGUGACAUUGACCCCUAACCCUUUCCUGUCCAAGGGUUGGUCAGGAGCCAAUCCGAACGAAACGGAAGAAGAAGCACAGAUGCGAAUUAAGCACAUGCAAGAAGCACACAAGAAGUCCAAAGAAAUCGACAGCUCGUUGCAAGAAGCGCGCAAGGCGAUGGAAAAGAGAAGAAAGGGUGUUAAAAUCCUCUUGCUGGGGACUGAAUGGAAGGUCCAGCUCUCUCGAAGACAGCGCCCACAAGGACCUCCAGGGGGCUAUGAACCACGAGGCGGUCCACCUGGACGUCGACGCUCGCAAUCCCACAUCAACAACGAGAACGACCCUACCAACGUUCUUUGCGCCUCGAGAGACGAGAUUAUUGACCUAUGGACCGAUCCGAUAGUGCAGGAAGUUCUGAGGAAACGAGGGGUGUAUCUUGAACAGAUGCCCGGGUUCUUCAUGAAUGACAUCGCUCGUAUCGCAGUGCCUGGUUAUCUUCCCAGCGACUCGGACAUAAUCCGAGCCCGGAUACGAACUGUAGGGGUUGAAGAACACCAUUUCGUCGUUGAGAAAGGACCCGAUAUGAACUCAGACGUGUAUAUUACUGACGUGGGUGGAAGCAGGAGCCAGCGUGCAUCCUGGAUCCCUUAUUUUGAAGACGUGCAAGCCAUUCUAUUCCUGGCACCGCUCGCAUUCAACCAAACUCUUCAAGAGGCUGUCAAAGUCAAUCGUUUAGAAGAUAGUCUGCAUCUUUGGCGCGAUAUCUGCCAAAGCAAACUUCUGGCGAAAGCUAACCUAAUUUUAUUCUUCAACAAAAUGGACGUGUUGAAAGCAACACUGGCAGCUGGUGUGCUCGUCAGGAAAUACGUUCCAAGUUACGGAGAUUUACCUAACGACGCUCCGACCGUGACGAAGUACUUCAGGGAACGCUUCAAGAUCAUACAUAAGCGCUUUUCACCUCAAGCUCGACCAUUUAUGUCUUACGAGACGUCAGCGAUUGACAUCCACUCAAUGGAAGUUCUCCUCACCGGUGUGCGAGAAGCUAUUCUCCGGCAACAUCUACGGGAAGGCGAUAUGAUCUGAGGCCGCAACCCGACACAUUGAGAUCUGGAUGCCGUCUGCACCCAUGGCAGUAUCCGACUUCCACUUCACUGUGUACGCGACGAUUAGCUCCUUUCAAUACGCUUUCCACUCUUCCUCGACUCCUCACACCCUCAACUUUCGAUCCACCGACAUGGAAGAGCAUCCCCAUCAUGUUUCUCACCAAGCAACGUUAUCAUCCCGACCAAUCAUAACCCGCAAUCCCACCACACUACGCCACAAACCCUGAUACUUUUAAUGCUAUAAUUCACUCCAAGUAUCUGAUAUCGAUCGCUAUAAUCUUCUGAUGUUUCCAUGCGCCAUAGUGGAGGUGGACGACGCAGAUGGUUACUUGCUACACCGGUUUAAUCUGCCUUCGGCUGCCCUAUCCAAUCUCUCCCGCCUAUCGCGGCAUAUCGCCAGGCUUUCUCAAUGUCAUCUCACCUCGAGGGCAUGAUCGCCCAUCUGCCGAAUUUCUCGUCUACUCGAUCUCUGGAUCAGGUUUAGGCCCAUGUGUUUUCAGCUCUUCCUCGUCCUGUCUUGUAUUCGACCUGUUGUAACAUAGUCUUUUCCAGAUCCUUUCCUUUACAUACAUAUUAGUACUUUGUAUAAUAGCAAAUUUUC